CACGAACGUGCGCUCUGCUGCAGUUCGCAUUUGGUCGCGAGCACUUGAGCUUUCCACGUGUAAUUCGCUCCUCGCAGUCAAGAAUGGCCGACUCUCGCCCUUACGAGCAGCGGUUCUUCCGCAAAUUCAGCCAGUGGUACUAUAUCGACGCUAAAAAGGACAUUCCAUCACCGGACGUGCCUGAGUUGGUCACUUUGCUGCGCGCGGUCGGCUUCAAUUUGGCCAGCAUUGGCCUGGGAAAAAACGCCACCGCGAAUUCCGGCCCGAAACUGACAGGAAUGAAGGUGACCGUCCAGUGUUUGGCCUCGGGCGUUGUGGCUGAAAUGGAGUUGCCGGCGUCGCCUGGCAAUGCAGAGUGUCGGUGCUCCAUCUUCAAGGGCAACCCGCAGCCUGAGGUCGCUGUGCAGGACCAGGCCUCGUUUUGGGAAGUUACAUCAAGUCAGGAAAGACUGAAUCACACAAUCGGAAGUUCUCUGCUGCCGAAUGUGGACCCCAAUCACUCGAGGGUGAUCAAAGAGGUGUUCCAACUGCUGCAGGACGACUUGUCCGCUUCGCACGAGGCCAACAAACAUGCAAUGCAGCGAAGACUUUCUCUGCCGCCCGUUCCAAAAUUCAGCGACGACGCAAAUUCUUCGACUAGCUCCAGCGUGCAGCACUCGGUCGACUCCAUUGACAAAUUGGACGGUGGCAGCGUUUCAAACAUUCUCACUAGAAGGGCCAGUUUUGGUUGCAACGAUGACCUGAAAAACAUGCAGCCCCUGCCGAUGCUGACGCCAAAACCAAAGAACCUGUUGGACGACAGCAACUCCUCCCUGACUGACUUUGAAACUCCCAAAGCAAUGCCUCUGCCGUCCACCGGCCACAGAGACAACAACAACGCCAUCAGAAAACUGCUGACCGCCGCCCUGAAGCUUCUGGAUUCCUCCAAGGGCAAGACUGAGGCUCGCAGGGCCACCUUCAAUCUUCCCCCUGCAGAGAGUGCGCAGGACUCGGCCAAGAAGAAUGUUACGAAAUAUGUUGCGACCCCGAGAAUGACCAAGUCCACUGUGCAGAACACAAGGGUGCCAACCCCGAAGCCUUCGGCGACCAGACUGGUCAGGACGUCGUCACUCAGGGGCACUGCGUCAACAACACCUUCCGCCUCUUCUAUGAUUCCAGGGUCCAAAAAUUCAGGUCCAUCGACUGCUGCAGUCAAAGCAAGGACCGCGGAGACUAUCCGGAGGCGCACAUUCAUCGUGAACGACCAAAGUAAAGCUCCGAGGGUGUCAAAAGGCAGCGUUCUGUCCCCAAGCAUUGAAACAGCAGAAAACAACGUCCAAGUGGUCACCCCUCUGCGGCAGGGCUCAAAGUCCAAAGUGUCCGAACGCAAGUCCCUGCCUCCUCGUCCGACGUUCAACAAGGAAAACCAGCCGACCAAAUGAUUGAGUUUUAAUUAUGUUGUGAUUUUAUUUUCUUGCCACACUUAACGAUAUUUGGAAAAAUGGAAAAUUUUCUUGUAAAUCCUUAAUUUCCCCAAAAAUUUGAAAUCUGCUCGGAACACUUGCAGAUUUGUUGUUUGAAUUGUAAUACUUGAUUUUUGUGUGUAUCUUUUGGAAACAAUCUUAUAUUUUCUCGCUUGUGAUUAUUUUAUUAGCAGGCACUAGUUUUGUGUUUUGACGACAAAUGGGCCUCUUGAAAGGCGUAAUGUGGCCGCGUUUGCGGGAUAAUCCCUCUUGGCGGGCGCACGCAGCCUCCGCCAUAAUCCCCAGCGUAUUUGCCUGCGAGGCGCCAUCACAGAUGACAUUUCCGUGUCGCCCGAGGAUUAGGAGCUCUCCAGAGCCUCCCUCUUCUAUGUAAUCAAAGUCUUUUAGAAUUUGCUGUCAAAAUCUCGAGCCAAAAUUGUAACUCGAGAUGGUGACAGAGUGUACUUUUUUUCCCUGCCAAAAGUGAUGUAUUAAAAUUGUAUUUUGUCUCUAAUUUGUUGUAAAAUAAAAGAAUUUUGUUCAUUGGUGGGAGUGAUUAAUUAAUUUUUUCUAUGUAAGAUUAUAUUAUUUUGUACUUUUAUCAUCACCAACGCAGCCAUUAAAUUUCUACCGACCACAAUCAAGUAAAAUAUUAUA